AUGGCAUUUCACCAUAAUUGUUCUGCUUAUCUCAAUUUAUCAGUGUUACUUAUAAUUAUUGUUGGCUUAUUGGCUGUACUAGAGAAUUAUGUGAAUUUGGUGCUUGUCUGCUAUAAGGAUAUCAAAUGUUAUUCUUGUUUCUCUAUGAAGCAUGGCUUUUCUGGAAGUCAACUGUGCAUUUACAGACGAUACUCUGGAGUGAAAAAAUGGACCCUGGAAUUAUCUGGAGGAAAAGAGAGGAUUGCAGUCAUAAGAGCCUCUGGAAGCAUCAGUCGUGUUCGUGGCCCUUUAAGUUCGUCUACAUCAGGCAUAGUUGCAGAACAGCUAAUCGAGAAAAUACGUAGUGUAAGAGAAUCCAAAAGAUAUAAAGCUGCAAUAAUUCGAAUUGACAGUCCUGGAGGUGAUGCUCUUGCUUCAGAUCUGAUGUGGCGGGAGAUAAGACUUUUGGCUGCCGAAAAACCUGUUAUUGCAUCAAUGGGUGAUGUUGCAGCUAGUGGGGGAUAUUACAUGGCGAUGGGAGCAGUGACUAUAGUUGCAGAAAAUCUUACUUUGACUGGUUCAAUUGGAGUUGUCACAGGGAAGUUCAAUUUGGGAAAGCUGUAUGAAAAGAUUGGAUUCAAUAAGGAGAUCAUAUCAAGGGGAAAGUUUGCUGAGCUCACUGCGGCAGAGCAGCGAUCUUUCAGGCCGGAAGAAGCAGAGCUUUUUGCAAAGUCUGCCCAGCAUGCUUAUACACAAUUUCGAGAUAAAGCAGCCUAUUCAAGAUCAAUGCCUGUAGAUAAGAUGGAAGAAAAUGCACAAGGAAGAGUCUGGACCGGAAGUGAUGCUGCUUCUCGAGGACUUGUUGAUGCUUUAGGUGGAAUGGGCCGUGCAGUUGCCAUAGCAAAGCAAAAGGCUAACAUUCCCCAAGAGCAACCGGUGACACUGGUUGAAGUGUCAAGACCAUCCCCUUCGUUGCCAGAGAUUUUGAGUGGCAUAGGGGGUACUAUUGUUGGGGUGGACAGAACUCUAAAAAUACUACUUGAAGAGUUGACAUCUAUGGAGGGAAUCCAGGCAAGAAUGGAUGGGAUCAUCUUUGAGAAACUGGGCGAAGCAUCGAAUGCAAAUCCUAUCAUAAAUAUACUGAAGGACUAUUUAGGCUCUCUUUGAAGGUAAAGACCUCAUAUUAAAACUCAAUCCCGACUGAGCUCUAGGAUCAGCCAUCUCUUCUUUAGACCAAAGUGUUACAUGAAAUCAUUUACAUUAAAAAAUUAAAAGAAAAAAAAGAAAGUGUAAAGCUACCUGCCAUAACAAUCCAAUUAUAGAUACACCACAGCUUCUGAAAAUUGCACUUGUGAUAGAAAUUUUUACUGGAACUUGCUUGUAUUGUAUUAUAGCAAGAGGGUAAUACGAUAUUUUUCACUGUGUUGCAUUCUUUUACCGCGAUUGUCAUCUGACUUGUACUGCUGUGUUCAUUAAUCAUAUUGUACUUCUAUCUGUUUAUGGAGCAUGUGUAUGUUAUGGGAAAAAUUAGAACCCUAAGACCAUGUAAAUCAUACGAUUGCCGAUUGGAUCUAAGUUGUAUCUCACAUGAAUAGCUUCUUUAUUCUCUUAA